AGUCGGUCGGUAACCUAGCAACCACUAACGCUAGUGUCGGAGUUUACUCCAAAGGGAUUUUUUUAAUUUAUGUUUUUUUUCCUUUUGUUUGUUAAUUUGCCAUCACAAUGGACUUUUUACAAGAGAUACAAGACAAACCGCUGUCUACAUUGUCUGCUUUCAGUUACAUCCCACCACAACGGAACGUACCGAGAGAAAUGUCUUACUUCAACAGAGACUCAAAGGUUUCUGAUGUUUCCACAUAUGAUCGAGUGCUGCACCAGGAUGAGGGUUAUGACAUGAAACUGCCCCGGGGUGACAGAAAACACUGGAAAGGAAGAGGACUGAAUAUAAACCAGGAGGAGAGGUGCAGAACUGUGCCAGUGCUGUCCUCCUCAGUGUAUGGGCACCGUUCUGUUCCUGCCAUCUACCAGACGGACCGGCAGUAUGCACGCGUGGGUUCCAUUAAUCCUGAGUUCUACAGGAAAAGUGGCAUCAUCUGGAAUGUGGCAGAAGGAUAUGGAUCAGUGGUUCCUCUCUGAAAGCCCAACUCAUUGAAGCACAGGAUAAAGCAUUUGCUCUCA